AUGGUGAGGUUCUUCUUGUCAAUGAUUGUUGGCAUAUCAACUGUUGGCAGUGUCUACACUUUACCAACUGACCCUGGCCACCAAAUCUAUCUCGAGGCUGAAUCCUCUAUCGCUGCCUCAAUCCGUGACAUUCUGAUUGACAACAAAGUCAUCGGAGACGUCCUAGACGACUUCAAUCCCGAUUAUUACCUGGACAUCUCAUAUCCCAAAUUUCAUGAAUCAGUUCGCCUAGGAAACGAUAUUCCCGUCAAAUCAGUAUCAGACCGCCCAGCCUUCAUCUUCCAGCCCCUGACUCCCUUAAAACCUCCCACGCCGCGUAUAAAAGACACCGAAGAUGUCUUCACACUCAUCUUAACUGAUCCUGAUGCAAAAUCACGCGACAAGCCCAAAUGGUCCGAGAUGUGUCACUGGAUCAUCACCAAUUUGACUGAUCACACCCGAGAACCACCCCCAUUUUUGGAGCCGAGUGGGUUUCCAAGUCUGAAAUAUGGCGAGGUCGAGAAGUAUCUUCCACCAGGACCCCCGCCAAAAACUGGCCCGCAUCGAUAUGUCUUCGUGCUCUUAAGAGGGCAUUCGACACAUGUGGAAGCUCCCAAGGACAGAAAACAUUGGGGCUAUGGAAAGGUCCGUCAUGGCGUCAGAGAUUGGGCCGCAGAGAACAAUUUGACAGUCGUGGGAGCCAAUUUCUUCUUCGCUCAAAACGUAAAGCAAUAA